AUGACAUAUGAAAGAAUAGAGUUAAAGUCUGGUCUUUAUCUGAUCGGUUCCAAAGUUGGUUGGAUUGUAAGCGGUAGACAAGCAUUAAGUGAGAAAACGGACAUUCAUCAUCACCUUGGAUAUUCAUCCUCCUUUCACACUAUAAUUCAACCCACUAACCAUUUUGAAAUGAAGAAGAACUUUGAAACGCCUGACUCUCAGACAGUAAAGGGUUUGAAUGUAAGGAACUUGCGGAGCAUAGAGAAUUUAGAAAUCCACGACUAUCCCUAUCAGAAUGAUGACGCCAUAGCUUUGUGUGGAUUUAAUGAUAAGGUAAAAAUGGAAAAUGUUAGGCCUAUAAUGAAAUGUCCAGAGUGGAAAUGUAACCCUGCAGAGCCGACUGAGGAGAAUGGAACUGAAGAAAUAGGUAUUCUAACUGAUGCCUCCAUAAACAAGAUCGUAGGAACCCCAUUUGAAAAAGACUUUGGAAUAAACUACUUACAAUCGGAAACUGUUCUCGUGAAGUCUGAGGCAGUUAUAAACUCAAGACCACUUGUUGACACAUCCUUCAGUGAAUCAUGUGUAACAGACGACAUGAUUACUACAAGCCACUUUUUUGAUUUCGACAAAAAAGGUGGAGCCUUAAAGAAGAUGAUUGCAGAGAAAAGACCUUACACUACUUUUAAAAGUGAGAGUUCACCUAUGAAAGGACCUUGGGACGUUUGGAAGAAAAUCCCACCUUGUGGGAGAUGGAAGAAGCGAAAGAUGGUAGAACUUCACUCAAGUCGAGACGGAAAAAUAAGAAGUGCUACAGUAAUUCUCAGCUCGAAGAAGAAAGUUGUACGUCCCUUAAAUCUCUUAUAUCCAUUAGAAGUGAAGAAUUAUUAG